CAGCCAAGGUCUAUAUAAGGACUGACACAGACCUUGGUCGCAGCCACAGCCAUGAAGACGCAGGUCCUCCUUCUCGCCGUCCUGCUCGCUCACGCAGCCGUGGGAUGGGGCCUCACCCCCUCCUUGAGCUCGCUGCUGGAGAACUCUGCCUGCGACUACAACGACCUGGAGAACAUCGUCGACUGCUCCGCCGUAGAAGAUGUCUCCGAGGUGACCGACGCCAUGAACAUUCUCAGCGAGGCCGGGUUCAACGACUUUGGGUCAUUUUUGCUCAGCGACAACCCCAGGGUCACCUCACUCCCCGAAGACCUGUUCGGGGACGUUCAGUUCCGUCGCAUCGCCAUCACCAACAAUGCCAACCUUGUGAUCGAAAAAGAUUUCCUGGGCGCCGCGAGGGACGUCGUGCUGCAGAUUGACCUCAGUUCACCUCAGAUGGCCUCCAUCCCGCCCCUGAGGUCAUCCAGCGUGACGAAAUACACCCAGAACGCCGAGGCUUUGGAACAUAUCUCGAAGGAUGCGCUCGCCGGCAUGCCCAACCUAGAGAGCCUGACACUGAAGAAGGCAGGAAACAACCAAAAUGGCCUCACCAUCGACUUCGGCGCCUUCGCCACCCUCAAGAAGCUCGAAGCCCUUGACAUGGAGGGAAGUCGUCUCAGUGGUUUCAAUGUGACUUCGGGUGCCUUCCACUUCGACUCUCCCGCUCUCAAGACAGUGCAGCUCGGUGGCAUUUACAUGGCCAACGUCUUUCCCAGUUCAUUCGAAGGCUUCACGGCAGACACAACCCUGACCCUGAUGCUGAACUACCCGAUCACCAUUGGAAAUUUCUUUAACGUUUUCAACAGCGGGGCUUCUGUUGUUGUUCAAGAAACGACCCCCUGCUCAUGCAACUUGGCUUGGAUCCGCCUGAGUUCGUUCCUCCAGCAGGCGAGCAUCUCCUGCAUCGUGAGGCAGGACUUCGUCAGCUUGGCCAACGUCCCGGAAUCCUCUUUCCUUCACUGCUGCGGCGCUUGAGUUGCCACGGCGGGAGGAAGAGGUCUGGCUGACAAGGAAGAUGAAUGUGAUGAUAAUUGAUGGCGGUGAUGAUGAUGGUAUACUAAUAAAUAGAUCAAAAUGAUGGUCUACUAAUAGAUAGAUCAUAAUGAUGGAAUCCUUGUAAACAGAUGAUGAUGACGGUAUACUAAUAAAUAGAUGAUAAUGA